CAUUUUAUGUGUACUUUUACUUUCACUUGUAAGUCUUCUCCUAGACAGGAAAUGUACUUAAAAAAGUAAAAAGUACUAAAUGCAGAAACUGUUGUACUAAAGUUCAUUCUUAAUUGUAGGACAUUUAUUUGUAAAAUAGUGUUUUGAAAGGGUUGAUUAGAUUAGAUUAAAUAUACUUUAUUGAUCCAAUUUAAUUUGAUCUAAGUGAACGAUCAGAACUCCUCCUCCAUUUUUCUAUAGAACACCUCGUUCGUUCCUGUUUAGCUCAUGAAUUAAAAAAAUUCCGACAGCACCUGAAAGCAGCAUGAAUACAGUGAAAUAACCAGCAGGAGCAGUCAAGAGUGGAGCUGAGCGGAGAGCAGACACAGCUUCCUGGAUGGAAACAAAACGCAGCAACAAAGCACACACUCUCACACACACAUAGACACACUUACACACAGGCCGGACAGAAGCCAGCAGGACCUUUAAACAUGUUUUUGGUUGUUCUGUAAGCCCGCUGCGUGUGUGAGACAGCCGUGACGGUGGGUCUGCGGAGCGGAGGGCUUCUACCAGCAGACUGUAUCCAACACAUGUGUCUGUGCCACAGUGAGAGCACUGCGGCUGUGGAUCUUGACUCCUACACCCAGUGGUCCACGGGAAAGGAACAUGGAGGCUGUGGCUCCUCUCCAUCCCCAGCAGAGGGGCUAGGAGCAGCCUGAUCCCUCCCUCACCCACCUGCAUCGCCCCAUCAUGGCCAGCAGGAGUCCCACCCUGAUUCGGGACGCCGGGAAUUCGCUGGGGACCCCUGAGGCCGGGGCCAACCCUCGUCCAGGGCCCUUCUGCAAGCUGUGCCUCAGCGAGCAGCCGUCUGCAGCCACCAGGGAACUCCAGAGCUGCAACUGUGUCUUCUGCACAGCGUGUUUGGAGCAGUAUGUUCGGCUUGCCAUCCUGGAGGGCGGGGGGGCACCCAUCACCUGCCCAGAUAUGGCCUGCCAAAAGGCUGGAGUGCUACUGGACUCUGAGAUAGCCAGCUUGGCCUCGGAGGAUCAGGUGGAGCUGUAUCAGCGUCUGAAGUUUGAGAGAGGAGUGAAGUUGGACCCCAGUAAGGCCUGGUGUCCGGUGCUUGAGUGCCAGGCGGUGUGCAGUGUGCAGCAGAGCAGUGAGGGCCAGCCUGCCGCUGUGCCCUGCCCCACCUGUCACACCGUCUUCUGCUCCGGGUGCAGAGGGCCCUGGCUCGACGACCACACCUGCCCUGAGCAGCAGCCCAUGAUGUCGCCGUCACUCGCUCGUGAAAGCAGGCUGCGCUCCGACAGCGACUCUGACAUGCCCAUCAAGCAGUGUCCUAUGUGUGCUAUCUACAUCGAGAGGAACCAGGGAUGUGCACAGAUGCUGUGUAAGAGCUGCAAGCACACCUUCUGCUGGUACUGUCUGCAGAACCUGGAUGGCGAUAUCUUCCUGAGGCAUUAUGAUAAGGGGCCGUGCAGGAACAAGCUGGGACACUCACGGGCCUCGGUGAUGUGGAACAGAACGCAGGUGGUGGGUAUCCUGGUGGGUGUUAGCAUCAUCGGACUGGUCACGUCUCCGCUCAUCCUGCUGGCCUCUCCCAUCAUCCUCUGCUGCCUCUGCAAGCCCUGCAGCGGGAAGAAGACCAAGAAGAAGAAGAAGAAGAAGGACCUCAGCCAGCCAGACUCCUCCACAUCAUAGCAGCUCGCCUUCUCAUCUGCCCCUCCCAAGGAAACCACGAGAGGGCGAGAGCUGCAUGGUGGAAAAUAAUAAAGUUGGAAUGACAAUGGAUACAUUUUUCAUGACUCAACGGACUGGGAACCUUGUCAGUGGUUCAAUAAGUGCAGAUCUGCUUGAACUGCUAAAACUACAAGUACUUUAUAUGGUGGAAGUGUAAAUAUGAGGAGAAUGAAUGUAACUCACCUGGUUGUUUUCAGAUGCACAACAGGUACUAAGGAGACAGUGGCGACUGUGAGUUUUCCUGGACACACACACACACACACACACACACACACACACACACACACACACACACACACACACACACACACACACACACACACACACACACACACACACACACACACACACACACACACACACACACACACACACACACACACACACACACACACAUACAAACAAAUGCAACGCCACCCUCAUGUGCCAAACUUCAUGAUGCCAAACCAGAGGAGUUAGGUGCUCAAGUGCCUCACUCCACAGUGCCUGGUGCUUGGUGGUAUUUGUUUUGCCUUCCAUUCUAUCUUUAUCUUAUGCAAAAAUGUUAGCAUUAUGAAAAUUAAGAAUUAGGAUUACAGGGGUUAUAAAACCUUAAACAAUGCAAAACAUUCUUUCAUAAAGGGUGAAGGCUAACGCCCGGCGUCAUGUGUGCACUGUAUAUUCUGUACUAAUAUGAAACAUGAUAGGGCUUCAACGGUGCACAGAGAACUUUCCUUCUGCUAAUGUUUGUUGUUUCCACCUGGAAUACGUUCCAGACCAAAGGCUCUUAAGAAUCACGUGUUCUUUUCUAAAAGUGUGUCAAUGUGUAUUUAUGGGUUAUGUGUGUAUGGUUAUCAUUUAUACAUUUUCGUUGAUGUUUCUGCAUCAGAUAUUUUCUAAAAAAGCGCCAUUGUAAUUGAAAUAAACAUACUAUAUUGAACAUGAA